AUGAUCAAUGAUUUCUAUUUCGACAGAAUGAAUAAGGUUAAUGCUUCAGAUUUCUAUGCUGAGUAUCACGGUCACAAAGUGCAACAUUUGAAAGUCGUCUAUUCUUGUCUCCGUAAAGAGACUGAGCAAGGCUUGAUAUGGACAGCAGGCGAUAGCAGCUUGGACAAUAAAUAUUGGUUCAGAGACUCGAGACCUGCAGUUGGUGCCUAUCGCGAUGCAUUGGAACCAGCAAUUUCGAAUGCGGAUGUAACUUAUUGGCUGAAUUAUCAUGGAAUCAACGAGCGUCGGAACCAAAAGUAUGCUGCAAUUAAUACGGCAAUCGAGGCUACUACCUUGAACUCGAGGGCGUUUCGUCUGAAGGCACAAGAUAAGUUCCUACGAGACAAUAUCCAGCAAGAUGAUGUUUUAAUUGUGUCUGUGGGUGGGAACGAUAUUGCUCUCGCACCAACACCCUGUACCAUUAUGAGUCUCCUUUGUUUGCCACACAUGUGCAUGCCCUACAGCAAGGUGUUUGGGUCUAUUCCUAUGGACGAUAAAUGUUGUGGCUGUGGGUGUUCUCUUCUUUCUUGUGGUUGCGCGUUCCCACCUUGUCUCGGCUAUUUGGUGCAUUUGUUUGGAACAAGAGUGCAAAAGUAUAUUGAACGUCUGAUAUCCAAAACGAGACCCAAGAAAAUCCUCGUGUGCAUGAUCUACUACCUUGACGAGAAUCCAAGCCCAUCCUGGGCCGGACCUGCCUUGGGUGCUUUGGGUUACAAUUCCCAUCCCGAACGUAUUCAGUUGCUGAUAAGGAAGAUUUUCAUGGAAGCAACAUCAUCCAUCCAGAUUCCUGGUUCCGAGGUGAUUCCCGUUCCUCUCUUCAAUGCCCUGAACGGAAAAGACCACAGCGACUAUAUCGCACGUGUGGAACCAUCAUCAAAGGGUGGGGAGAAGAUGGCAGAGUAUUUGUUGGAUAUGAUUGACAAUGGACCAAGUCCUUCUCAGUCCGUGCUGGUUUCGACGACCCAAAUGAUGCCGGUCGAGUCUUCGUACAUUGCUGAUCGAACCUAA